AGUUCAAUUGUCGUAGGAGUUAUUCAUAAAUCUGUUCACUGUUUAGUGUGCUCACUAUGUUUGGAUUUAAUGUUAUGCUUAUUUGUUCUGUAUACUUGUACUUGAACAUACUCUUGGUGUUUGAAUGUGAGUCUGCACCACCUAAAAAUCAAUGUGUUCAGAAGUUACCGAUCUUAAAUGGUCGUGUAAGAUUACUAUUAUCAAAUGGUGUAACUAUAGCCAAAAUAACUUGUUUUCAACCGUACGUUCUAGUAAAUGGCAAUGAGACGAUGACCUGUAUAGAAGGAAAGUGGGAUAGUGAAUUUCCAAUAUGUGCUAAAGUUGAUCCAAUACAUUUAUCUUGCGAUUUUGAAUCAACAGAAGAAAGGUUUUGUGGAUGGAGAAAUUAUAUUUAUAACGAUAUUGAUUGGGUAGCCGAUAAAAUGUCCAUUCUAUCGAAUAGCUACAGACGUCACGUAACACCGGGUUCAUCUCAAUAUUUUACAAAUUAUUAUAUAUCUUUGAAUGCGGGAAAUUAUGGACCCACUACCGCCGGACGAUUGAUAUCUCCAUCACUUCUUCCAGUUGCAAGUAAACAAAGGUGUUUACAAUUUUCAUAUAAAGUUACGUCAGGUGAUUCACAAAAUCGUCCAACAUUGAAAGUAAUUCUUGGUGGAAUACCUCAUUGGGAGACUCGCGAAGGUGAAGGACGAGCUAUAAUUGGAUUAUAUCGGUUCAAUGUUUCAAAUAAAAUUGUAAUUGAAGGGAGUAGUUGUAGAGCAGCUAUUGAUAAUUUGAUGAUUACAGAAGACGAUAGUUGUACACAACGACCGUACAAUGAAGAGAUCAAUAGUUGUCAUGAUAAUUGUGGAAUAAUAUCGGAUGGUGUUGGUUGUUCGUGUGAUUGGUUAUGUUAUAAGAAUAAGAAUUGCUGCCCAGAUAUACAAAUCAAGUGUCCAUAUAUCAAACCAAUGGACGAUAUUGUUAAAUUAUAUUUGACCACUAGUAUCACCACCACCACACCAAAAACGGUGACGACAGCAGCUAAAAAUAACAUUUUGAAUUUAUCCUGUGAUUUCGAAUCGUCAAAUGAAACAUUUUGUGGUUGGGAAAACGAUAUUUUGAAUAACACUGAUUGGCUGGCUGACAAAAUAUCAUUCAUUUUUAACAGUCGUCACGUAAUUCCUGGAUCUUCUAACUAUUUCACAAGUAAUUAUAUAUCAUUGGAUGCUGGUAAUUAUGGUUCUACUACCACCGGGCGAUUGUUAUCUCCGCCAAUCAGCUCAGUUAGAAAUCAACAAAAGUGUUUAAUAUUUUCCUAUAAAGUAAUGUCAGGAAGUUCAAACAGUCCUCCUAUUCUAAAAGUCACUUUUGGAGGUAUACCUCAUUGGGAAACUCACGAAGGAGAAGGAAGAGCUAUAAUUGGGUUGUUUAAAUUUAAUACUACUUCUAGAAUCGUCAUUGAAGGAAAAAGUUGUAAAGCAGCCAUUGAUAACAUAAUUAUUACAGGGGGCGAUAGUUGUGAUAAACAACCGUACGAAGAAGAGAUCGACAGUUGUCAUGAUAAUUGUGGAAAAAUAACCGAUGGUAGGUGUUCGUGCGAUUGGGAAUGUUUUAAUAAUCAAAACUGUUGCUCAGACAUUCAAACUAAAUGUCCAUACAUAAAACCAAUGGAAAGUAUUUCAAAAUUAUAUUUAAAUAAUACAACCACUACUAAACCAACCACGGUGACUACUACAGUAAAAAAUAAAAUAUUAAAUGUAACCGUUUUAAACAUAACAACUUCUAGUCCUUUAACAAAAAUUUACGGACACAAUGAUACAAUAAAAAUUGACGAAGUCACCACAGCAAGUAAUGUUAAAUCUUUAAACAUAACAUCUACAUUUGCACCCGGGUCUAUGACAAAUUCUACAACGAAUCCUAUAACCGUAUUAAUUCCAUCAACUACAACUUCCACUGAAGGUCCAAAAAGUGCGUUAGUUUCUAAUUUUACGACACCUCGUUCUACUAACCUCAACAUAACAACUACGAGUUUUAUUCCUAAAAUGUCAACGGUUCUUUCAAAUAUAGUGGUGAAUAAUCAAAGCAAUUCCUCAAAAAUAAUUAAUACACCGUCUACGACUUUAAUCUCUAAUAUAUCUAGUUCAACUACUGAAUCUUUAAUAAAAAAUAAAAACAUAUCUAUGACCACAAUAUUACCUAAUAUUUCUAUCUCAACUUCCAGACCAGAUAAGCUUAACCCUACCAUAAAAGUGAUUUCUAUUCCUAAUGUCCUAAUCACUAAACCUGUGGUGGAAAAUUCUCCUUUAAUAACUUCAGCUUCUGUUAAUUUAUCUAACUCAACCAUUAAACCACUUUUUUCGAUAGUAUCUACUAUAAAAAAAAUUAAUUCAUCUAGUACAGCCACUAAAUAUUUAAUAGAAAACUCCACACCCACUACAGCAUUAAUAAAUAAUUCUACUAAGUUAUCAAUUAAAUUAAGAGUACCAAACAAUAUUGAACAGUCCAGUAAUAAAUCUCUUAUCAAUCAACAGAUUAAACAAAAUACCACGAUUUAUGAAAGUAAAACAACGUUAAAUAAUUCAACGAUUAGCUUACCGAGUACAGUCUCAUUUUUAAACGACUCCAUUGUUCCCAAUAAAAAAAUGAUGGUUUUUGAUACAUCUCGUCCAAAUCCUAGCCUAAAAAAAUUUGAAUAUAAUCAAAUUUUAAACAAUAAAAAUGUCCUUAAUAUAACAACUGAGUCUUAUAACUAUUUGGAUAUGAGAACUACUAGUAUACCCCUUAAAAAUGAAAAACCAAGAAUAGUUUUAAAAGUUCACGAGAAAUCGGAAUUAAACAAUUUGGUUUAUAAUCAUUCUACGCAAAACUUUGAUAAUCAAUUGGCAGAACAGGCAAAACAAAAUGAAAAUGAGAAAUCUUCUUAUACAUUUGAUACCGUUACUAUUAUCAAAUACAUCGCUGCCCUAAGUGUCGUACUUCUUACUUUUAAGUUCACUCUGUCUUUUAUAUUGUUGCGUUUCAAUAAGCCUUCUAAUGAUGAAAUGGACGAGCGCUUCAUUGGAACGGAUACUGAAAGUUCUUGUAACAUGGAACUAACGAAUAGUCACAAAAGAAAUUAAUAACCUAUGUCUUAAGUUUAUUUAUUAAUUACUUUAAUACAUUAUGAUAAAUUGUAUCUCAUAUUAUUUAUGGUUAAUAUUUUGACUUAUAUGUGUGAAUUAAUUUUUAUAUGUACAUAAAAUGAUUCAAUGUAAAAAUGGCAAAUGUUUAAUGUUUUGAAUUGGUUGAUGCAUUUGUUUUUUGCUUUUGUUGUUAUUAUUUAUUAUGCUUUGUGGUUUAUUACAACGGAGAAGUAAACUAUUUCAACAUUACUUAACAGGCUCACUCCAAGAAAUAGAUCUUAAGUUCCUCCAAUUGAAACUAUGUAAAACAAAUUAUUUAUUAAAUAAACAUUAUUUUUAAUAA